UCGAGCGUCCACCCAGGCUGCGCGAGCGCACCAAAGCCAAGCUUUUCAAAAAACUCGGUCGCCACGAGGACAAUGAAUUCGGAAAAAUAGUCAGAACACCCGCUCCAGAUGAAUUCGAACUGCCCGCACCACUGCCCACGCCGGCUUUCUCCAGGAAGAAUAUUUUCGACCGCGACUUCGAUGCGCUAUUCGAGGUCGCGAGCUCGCCCCAGUUCACUGCGAACAUCCGCGUGACCACUCCUGAGCCAGACCGCCGGUCAGAUGUUUCAGCGGCGCACUUCCCCUCCCCCGCGACCUCCUCUCUUAGUCUCCUCCCGCCUCGCCCCUACUCCGAGCCGGCGAGCGUAUCUCCCACCGCGUCUGCCCGAACCUCCUCGCCUUCGACGCCAACGCCACUACACUCGACUCCAGAAGGUUCAAAAUCCAAGAAAGUCAGUUUCUUCCGCAAGUGGAGCCACUCGAAGGAGGCGUCGCCUCCGCGCGCGCGCAGCAUGCAGCAGCCGUCGCUCGAGAUGGCUCUGCGCGAGCUCACGCACCCCAACCACAAUGAGCAGCUCAAGAACCAACAGCAAGUCACCUUCAAAUUGGUUAAAACAGUGGCCGAUUUCACAACGCAGAUGUCACAGCUGUACGAGAGGCACUCGUCAGAGCUUCAAGUCCUCGUAGCCAGCUUUAGGAAACGAAGCGGUGAAUUGAGGAAGGAAAGAGCGUCCUGUCCAUCAUCCCUCUUCCACACCUGGGAGACGCUUCUUCAAGAAGUAGAAGCUGAUGUGGUGGGCUACAGCAACGCGGCUGCCUCUCUUGAGAGGCUGGUGGCUACUCCACUGGUGGAGAAGACCUUCCAUAUGAAAGUCCAGGCGCGAAAACUCUUCGCGCACAGAGAGGGCUGCGAAGUGAUACUUGCUAAGGCCGACGACCAAUUGACAAAGAGUCGUCAAGACUACCGCACGGCAUUCCUGAACUACUGCACCAGCCCGAGCCCGGCCGCUUUAGCUACGUACUACGACUCCCACAACAGCUACGUUCAGCAACUGACCGCUACGAACGCAAUGCUCGACCAGUACCACAAGCACACGCUGCCCACUAUAUUACAGGAGCUGGAAGAGAUACUGGCGGACGUUACGACGGCCGUCAGCGAGGCCAUUUGUCAGGACGGCGAAAUUAUCACGGAAAAGACCAACCACCAGCUCCGUCGAUACGAGUCGCUGUGUGCGCAAGCGCGCGCGGUGUCAAGCACAGCUGAUCUGGCGCACCUUGCGCGCACGCUGCUGACGUCACAGCCGCCCAUGCGGCCGCCCAAGCGCGCCUUCUUGCCGCCCUACCCGCCCGAGCCGGAGGACCCACCUCUGGAUGUGCCUGCGGAAAGUAUGCCACCAGUUCUUCGAGGAGAAAUGCUUCUGGACCGGAUGGGUGGGCAGGCGCGGCUGAACUACGAACAACUGAGGAAGGAUGCACAGGAUCUUGAGCUGCAAAUAAAGCAGCUACAGGAUGGACUCGACGUGCUCAUACGUCAUCAGAAUCGAGGCCUCGAAAGCAACAUCUAUAGCAAAGUGAACGAGAUUCAAGAAGAGAUAUCAAUCAAGAAGUAUGACUACAGGGCGACGCAGUUGCAUCUAGCUGCAGUGAGAGCUCAAAGAGAGCUGUUUGCAGCGAAAGCAGAUAGCGGUGCUGCUGUUGAUCGCAAGCUUUCGUCAUCAUCUGCGGGUAGCAUGAAGAAUAAGUGGCUGAAGGCAUUCCGUAGCCUGAAACCGCCUAGCGCCCCCCCACCCCACGCCGCUCCACCAGACAAGAGAAAUGGAGCGGCCAGGGAGGCCAUGCGCGGAGGAGAUUCGGAAGCACAUAACUUCCAAGAGUACACCUACAAGAAAAUUACCCCGUGCGAUGUUUGUUCGCAAGUGCUUAGAGGUCAUACCAGACAAGGGCUUAGAUGUCGACUCUGCAAGAUGAAUGUGCACACAGACUGCAUGCCACAAGUCGGCAAAUGCCAGACCAAAUCCCGGCUGCUCCGCAGGCAGAAGAGCACCUCCGAAAUUGAGUCUCACAGGGUCCAGGAGACCGCCUUCGAUGAUGAAACGCCGCACUCACCGAGACGACAAAAGUUGAACCUUAGGAUGAAGAGCCUGUCGCUGGACUCGCCGGAGUGCGGGGAACUGCGGCGCCGCCCGGCCAACCAAGCGCCCUCGCAGGGCAGCCGAGUACUCUGUAAAUGCAGAGCACUUUGCAUGAGGCAUGGUUCUUUAAAUAGAGUUAAUAACCACACGAUUCAUAAAUACACCCGUUCAUCGCCGUCUUCGCCGGUGCAUAGCAGGAGGCUGCUGAGCGCCCGGGGCGGUCGCAUGAGCAGCGUUGAGCUACCAGACGAGCCUGAUAAGAGCCUGUCGUCCAACAGCGCGAGCCCCUGUCCUUCACCAGUGAAGCAGCCAAGUAAGCACCAACGCCUCUUGCCCACGAAUCUGUACGUGAUCCUGUACAACUUCAAGUCUCGCCACGCCGACGAGCUCGAUCUGAAGGCAGGGUACAAGGUCACCGUCAUCGACACCUCCGACCCUGACUGGUGGAAGGGCAAAUGCCUGGGCAAGAUCGGAUACUUCCCAUCCAAGUACUGCACUAAACUCCAAGCUGGCGAACGCCCGUUGCAAGUCACCCAUAAUUUGCAGGUGUCAGAUGGUGAUAACGGGUUGAUGCUGCUCCGCGACCAAAUCGUGAUCCAGGUCGGUGAUGAAGUGGACGGCAUGGUGAUGAUUCGCUCCGGCGACAACCGCCAGGGCGUGUGUCCGGUGAAGUUCUUGCAGGAGGUGUGACGCUUCAAGCUGCCUCACUUCGACAUACUGAAGAAACGCGGCUCGCUCACUGAAGACAGGAACACUUUAUACGAACCGAAACCGACCCGUAGCGCACCAGUUACUCCUUGCGACAGCGAGACCUCCUGGUCGGACAAGACGUGGACGAGCAAGCAAACUUACGAGGCAUCAACUUCAGGGUACGAUUCAGCCGAAGGGUGGUGGCGACCAGAAACUAGGCGCGACUCCAAUUCAGAAGGGGUCUGGUGGUGGCGACGGCCGUUAGAUGUUAGGAGGACCCAGUGCAGGCGAUGUGGCGCAUCAUCAUCCACCAGACCUCUCAGGAUGAUGCCUUGCGCAGGAGUGGCCCAGGAGGAGGAAUACAGAGACCGACGGCCUCUGAUGUCGCGAGAUCGUCCGCUGCUUUUUGUCAGGCAAUUCUUUUUGUAAUUAUUUUCCGACUGUCAAAGG